AUGGCGUACCUCGUCUUCGAACAGAUAUCUGGUAUCGAUCAUCUCUUCAAGAGCCAGCACGAAGCUAUGCGCUGCAUCGAACAGUGUGUUUCUGAGUCCCAAGGUAUGCGAAGCGUACUCACUCAAAGCGGAAAGAUACUAUACGCUGCGCGUUAUUCACAUCAAUGUGUCAAUGAGCAAUGCCGCUUAUUCAUUCCGAAGAGCUGUGUGGGAAACGAUCAUCUAUACGAUGCGACAAUGAUCGAGUUCAUUGCCAUUGCCGGAGCUGCUACCUCCGCUACGGCCUGGGUCUAUGAGCUAAAAUUCCACGAUUUCCUCGAUCUACCACCCGAGCUACGCCUCAAUGUUUGUACCCAUUCUCUAUCCAUGGUCGCACGCUGCGGAUGCGGAACCAACACCGAUUCGAUCGGCAUGAUUCGAACAAGAUACCGCAUCGAGAUUACAACAAAGACCUGUAACCACAAUCUUACGAAGAUCAUGGACGUCUAUCAGUUCCUGUUUUACCUGUGGCUGCUUUUCGCAGACGUCGCCAUCGCUAUCGCCAUCGCUAUCGCCAUCGCCAACAUCCCGAUCGAGAUCGAUGUCGCAUCUUCUGAUACCAUCCAACGUGGUAUACAUCACGGACUAUCCCAGCACAUAUCCGCAGUGGCAUACAAGGAAAGGAUGAUGAACACAUACUUCGGGCUCGAAACCGCCUUCACGACGGAUCAGAUGAUGGCUAUCCUCGCGCCCCUACACCCUACACAAAGCCAGGAGUUGCUCCUUGAAACUCUAGUUCGUUGCAAUGGUUCUAUUGAACAAGCGAAAGAAGUCAUCGCAGAAGAGGCCCACGCAAACGCCCCCAGAGUCUGUGUUGAUCUCACUCUCUCUUCGCCGGUCAUCAAACCAGAGAACAUCGACAACAGCUGA